GGUUUGGUAGCGUUGCCGUGCGCUGUGUGAUCUGCGCGCUGCGUGUAUGGAGGAAGCAGCUGCUGAUCUGAUCUCUGACAUUGUGAGACAGACAUCUGAAUAAACGGCGCGCGGACGUGUCUUUAAUCACCGGGACACGUCUUGAAUGAUUACCUCUUUGAAUUAAUGGGUCCAAUCACUGGGAUGUCACCAGAUAAAAAAACGGAGAUUCCGGGUAUGCAAGAUGAGCGGACAGGACUCAGAGGUGGCUGUGGCGUGGGAACGCUGCCCGAGGCCGAAUGUGCCUCCAGUCCGCUGGCAACAAGUGUGGAUCGAGCUGGCGGGACGGAGGACGAAGAGCUAACCAACCUCAACUGGCUCCACGAGAACUUACUGCAGAACUUUACACUGGGGGGCCCUGAGGCUCAGCCGAGUGGCAGCCCUCUCUUUGACAUAGAAGGAGACUACGGGUCGAGCCAGGGCCCGUCGUCGUCCUCCUCAUCUUCGUCACACGGCAGAGGCAGGGAGAGGGACUCGCUGAAGUCGAAACCCCCUUUCUCGUUCUCCCUGCUCAUCUACAUGGCCAUCGAGCAGUCUCCCAGCAAAUCCCUGCCCGUGAAAGAAAUCUACGGCUGGAUCCUCGAGCACUUCCCCUAUUUCUCCAACGCCCCCACCGGCUGGAAAAACUCUGUUCGUCACAACUUGUCUCUCAACAAAUGCUUCCGCAAGGUCGACAGGAGUUUGGGAAAGUCCAACGGGAAAGGUUCCCUGUGGUGUGUCGACCCCGAGUACCGCCCAAACUUAAUCCAAGCUCUCAAGAAGCAGCACUUCCCAGCCGCAUCUGCCUUCUGCACGCCGCCCGCCUCCCCACCCAGUGCCUCUUCACCCCCCCGCCAUCUCAUUCUACAAGGCUGCUCAUUCAAAGAGUCUGACAUUGAUGCUGCCACUGCCAUGAUGCUCUUAAACUCUGCCCCUGGGCACCACGUUGACCCAUGUAAUUCUGACAGUCCGUUGGACCUCUCCCGGCCAGACUCGGUCUUGGUGAGCAGCGAUCCAAAGCAGGACCACAACUACAGCAGCGCCGCCCUGCAGCGCUGCUCCUCCCGUUCUUCCUCAUCCUCUUUUUCCUCCAUGGACGAAGGUGGCUGCGACCGCAGGCAGUCUUGCCGCGCCGGCAGCGAGGGUUUCCAUAGUGACGAGGACUCCGACCUCUGGGACGAGAGAGGCCCCCACCAGACUUCUCGACGUCCUCCCGCCAUCAAGUGGCCCAUUAGCAAGAAGGCGCGUCGCGAAGUGAAGCCAGAGUUGGAUGAGGAGCUGAAAGAAGCGGCGGGCUCCUUGCUGCACUUGGCUGGUAUACGCAGCAGCAUGGAGGGCUCAAAACACACUGUCAAGAGCACUAAACUAAACCGGAAAUAAGGUUAUUUUUUUGCCCCUAAGACUCCGGACCCUGUGAGCCCUCACCUCUGACCCCUACCGCGUGUCCCGGUGUGCCUCCUUCUCCUUACCUGAUUGUUCAUUGGCCAUUUUGAGCCUUUUUCUUUUUGUUUGGGAGCUUCUCUGUCCAACAAAACAAAUGGCAAUAGCAUCGUCACACAGGAGAACAAAGCCAUAUAGAGUAACUCUGGGGACGGGGUGGGUGUUCGGGCCACGGAGAACCAUCAAGAUACCCAUCCAAAAGGAUCUGCCCGUUCUGGUCCGAUAAGAAGAAGAUUUCUCUUAAAGACAAAAUGGGAUAAAAAGCUGAAAGGUUUUCAACUCACAACGUUGCAUGCUUCCUCCUCAAACCUGUAUCCUCUUCCAAGUGAAUCUAUUUAUGAAGCGAAUGAAUGCAUGUUUGUAAUAGACAAGAUCUAACCUCCUGGUGUUAUCAGUUUCUCCUCUUUGUGCUUCAUUUGAUAAAAAAAAAGAAGGAAAAAAAAAAGACGCCACUAUUUCAAAAGGAGCUCCAGCUCUGUACCCUCCUCUAGAAAGAGAUGCAAUAAUUCAUCCACAACCUUAACUUGUUGUCAUUAUUUCAUGAGAAUGCUAGUUAAACUUCACAGUUAGGAGAAUGAAUGGAGUAUUAGUAUCAUCUCGUAAUGCGAUACACUUAUUACACAGGAGCUGUGGCUCUGUUUCAGGAUUAACAAGAUAUGGGAAUAGUAUUACUCUGCCACUGCCAAAUUUCAUUGCACAGUUAGUUUUCUAUGUUUUGCCCAUUUUUAUGCAAACAUGUUGUCUUUUUUUUCCGCUCAAAGCCACUUCUCAUUCUGCCAAACCCCUUUUUUUGUUGUGCAAACUCUGAGCGUACAUUCACGUGUUUGGUGCCAGCCUAUGCAAAGUGAACAUCUGCCGCGCGUUGUCAUAGGUUUCCCUUGUUGUUUUUUUGUGUGUGUGCGUUUAUCUUUUGACGACUCCAGCCUAAUCCUGAAAUGUAGAGGAAUAGAUGGGCACAAAUAUGUUUUACUCUUUUUUUUUAAAGAAAUGUGGAUCCACAGAGCCCGGUGAACAUGUGAUAGCAGUGAGGCUCCUUGAUGCUUGAGGAAUUCAAAAAUAAUGGAGGAUCUUGUUUUUCAAAUUUUGGCUUGUUUUGUGAUCUACUUAGGAAAUGACAGAUAGUCUGUUGUUGGUUCAACCUGUGGCCAAACUGACGCACAACCUUAAAGGAUUGUUGUUGUGGUGAUGAGAUAGUCAAAGCAAAUUAGAGCUACGCGAGAAGCAGAGGACACGCACUGACCCAAAUUCUAGCCAGCACCGUUUCACUGCCACUCUUCCGCUUGAACAAAAUAAGGAAGCACGCGUUUUCCUCUCAAGCCGGGAAAUAGUGUUACGUCGCCGACUGUGUGCAGUUCCCUGACAGGAAGUUGUGAGCCGCUUGUGCACACACCACAACCGCCGCGUGAACUUUAAGACGCUGGGAGCCUGGACGGUCCCGGUAUCGCUUCGACUGUCAGUGCCAAACACUUCGGCCGCGGUCGCUGUGGCUCCUGCUGCUGACACGCCCGGUUUGGUGAAAAAAGGAAAUGGGAGAAAGAGCGCAGGCAGCGCGGCGACCAAAGCAACCUUUAGGUGGAAACGGCGUCGCUUUAGAGCGGGAAUUGUGAAAAAGGAUGUUCUCAGCGCUGAUGCUGGCAUACACUGGUUUUAUUUUUGCUGUGAAAACAAGAACAAAAUGUUCGUCAUCACUUUAUUUAUGCCUUUAAUUUAUGGGAUUUAUGCUCUAUCAAACACUGGUCAUGUGAAACAAAUGGUCAGGCACCUUUAUUUUUCUCUACCCUGUGAAUUCUUUUAUUGACUUUUCUUCAUCUAUACUUUUUUUUUUUUUUUGUAUUUUGCCAAUGUUUUUCUUUGUAAGUACCCCCUGUUCCCCAAACAUGACAUGACUGCCAGCUUCUCUUAAUGUUUUGGUUUCUCUUGUUCAUCAAACUGGUUAGAAAAGAGAUUUUCUUCCUCGUGGUCAGAAGCAGAUGGUUUUUUUUUUCUCCUUCCGUCUGAGGCUUUUAAUCGUUUUGUUUCAUGUCUAAAUCAUGUUCAGGUGUUUAGUCUGAAACUUCAGAUCAGCUGUUGCUCAUCACAGGUUCUGACUGCCACUCACAGCUUCCGAGUAUUGUUUGGGGGGGGGGGGGGGUGAGUUCGCCGUAAACUGGACGUUACCACAUUUGAGCAAAAAGCUGCAGAAGAAACCGCGGAAAGACUGGUAAAGGAACUCGCUCUUUCUGCAGCGUUUGACAGAGUACCAUUGGUAUCAAAGUGACAGAUGUGUGGACGAUCUACCUAAACGUUUUGUGGUGCCAUGACUUGCACAAAUUAUAAAAAAGAAAAAAAGAAAUUCCUGCCUGCUUCAUCGCUCAACAGCUGUUUUUUGGAUAUUAAUUGUGUGAUUAUGUUGCAGAUCCCUAUGGGUGUAAUAAUUCCUGCAUUUGACAAAGCUGCCAACCCAGUAUCAGUUUGUCUGUUGUCUGCCAUGUUCAUUGGACUGACACACCUUUUUGGUUUUUGUAUCCUAACCUCUGUUGAUAAAAUGUUUAUAAGAUUUAUUUUCGCCAAAGAUAUGCAAUUGCAUUAUAUAUGGUAUUACAAAAAUAUUAAUAAAUAUCCUGUUCUUGUUA